AUGGCGGAAAUCAAACCGGAGACAAGUCACGAUCAACGCCUCCUCGUAACCACCGAAGAAACUGCUUCCGCUCGGAGCCUCGCCGGAAAUAGACGACUUGCUUCUCUCGACAUCUUCCGCGGCCUCACCGUCGCCUUGAUGAUUCUCGUAGAUGACGCCGGAGGAGACUGGCCAGCGAUUGCUCACGCUCCGUGGGAAGGCUGCAAUUUGGCGGAUUUCGUCAUGCCUUUCUUUUUGUUCAUCGUCGGCGUCUCCAUCGCGCUUGCCUUGAAGAGAAUUUCCAACAAAUUUGAAGCUUGUAAGAAGGUGGUUUUUAGAACCGGCAAGCUCCUCUUCUGGGGUCUUCUACUGCAAGGGGGUUUCUCUCAUGCACCUGACAAAUUAACAUAUGGCGUUGAUGUGACUAUGAUGAGAUUUUGCGGGAUUCUCCAGAGAAUAGCUUUAUCCUACUUGAUAGUAUCGUUGGUCGAAGUCUUCACAAAGGACUCACAUGAGGAGAAUUUGUCAACUGGAAGGUUCUCAAUAUUCAAAUCAUAUUAUUGGCACUGGAUUUUGGGUGCAACAGUUCUUGUGAUUUAUCUUGCCACACUCUAUGGAACUUACGUCCCUGACUGGGAAUUUGUUGUCUAUGAUAAAGAUAGCAUUCUCUUUGGGAAAAUCCAAUCUGUAUCGUGUGGACUGAGAGGAAAGCUAAGCCCUCCUUGCAAUGCUGUUGGAUAUGUUGAUAGACUAGUUUUAGGGAUCAAUCAUAUGUAUCACCAUCCUGCGUGGAGACGAUCUAAGGCUUGCACUGAUGAUUCCCCCUAUGAGGGACCUUUACGACAAGAUGCACCAUCAUGGUGCCAUGCUCCAUUUGAACCUGAAGGAGUCCUAAGCUCCAUAUCUGCUAUUCUUUCUACAAUCAUCGGAGUCCAUUUUGGACAUAUUAUCUUACACUUGAAGGGGCAUUUAGCUCGGCUAAAACAUUUUAUCUCGACGGGUCUCGCUCUCCUCACUCUCGGGCUCACUCUUCAUUUCACCCACUUGAUGCCUUUGAAUAAACAACUCUACAGUUUCAGCUACAUAUGCGUGACCUCUGGUGCAGCCGCGCUUGUCUUCUCUGCCUUGUAUUCUCUGGUGGAUAUAUUGGGAUGGACGAAAAUGUUUCUGCCUCUAAAGUGGAUAGGCAUGAACGCAAUGCUUGUCUACGUGAUGGGAGCUGAAGGCAUUUUGGCUGCUUUCUUCAACGGUUGGUACUAUCGCGACCCGCGCAAUACACUGAUAAAUUGGAUUCGGGAGCACGUUUUUAUCAGAGUGUGGCACUCACGAAGAGUGGGUGUCCUUAUGUAUGUCAUAUUCGCAGAGAUUCUCUUCUGGGGUUUGGUCACUGGUGUUUUUCACAGAUUCAACAUCUAUUGGAAACUCUAA